CCAAGUAUUGGUCUCUGGUCUUUAUGUGUAGGCGUUGUGUUCUUAAACUGACUUUCUUCUUUUCUUUUCUUUUUUUUCAGAAAACGUUCACAACUUUUUCUCUUACAUUUUAAUUUAAUUUUUUUGGGGUUUAAUUUAACUCUAAAUUUCAUUCAUCUUUUUCUUCAAAUGUUCUCAUCUGAUGGGUGCUUAAUUGAUUAAGUAACUCAUUAUUCGAAAACAAAAAUAGCUGGGAAAAAAAAACAUGAAGAAGAAGUUCAUCAUAUCAGGAGACCAAGCUAUUUCAUGGCGUUGUUUCACUUUGUUCAUAUUCUCCCUUAUGAUUUCAGCUAAUGUUGUCAAUGGAGAUUCACUAGAAACAGACAAGGAAGCUCUGUUGAAUUUGAAAGCAUUCCUUGAAGAACACAAUCGAGUAAACCGAGGAAUAUAUUCAGAAUGGAAUGUUGAUAAAUCCAUUUCACCAUGUCAAUGGCAAGGAAUCUCUUGUUCUUCAUCGUCUGUUGUUGGACAACAAAGAGUCAUUGGUAUAAACUUGUCUGAAAACAACAUUUCUGGGGAAAUUUUCCAUAAUUUCUCAGCUUUAACAAAUCUUCAACACCUCGAUCUCUCGAGCAACACCAUCGGCGGAGCCUUACCGGACGAUUUGAACCGAUGCAAAAGCCUUGUGUACCUCAACUUGUCACAUAAUAUCCUUGGAGGAAACCUAGUGUUUAAAGGGUUGAAUCGUUUAGAAAAGCUUGAUUUGUCUACGAACAGGUUUAAUGGCGAUAUCAAAGUUAGUUUCCCAGGGAUUUGCCAGAAUCUGAUUGUUGCAAACCUUUCAACUAACAAUUUCACUGGUGAAAUCGAUAGCUGCUUUGAUGAAUGCUGGAACUUGAUGCAUCUUGAUUUGAGUUCCAACAAUUUUUCUGGUAGUUUAUGGAGUGGAUUUUCGAGGCUUGUUGGAUUUUCAGUGUCGGAGAACUCUAUUUCCGGGGUGGUUUCGGGUUCGAUGUUUGCAGACAAUUGUAGUUUACACGAUUUAGACCUGUCUGAAAACAAGUUUCAUGGUGAACUUCCAGGCGAGAUAUCAAACUGCAGGGAUUUGGUUAUCUUGAAUGUAGGGGGAAACAACUUUACAGGGCCAAUUCCAUCAGAAUUGGGAUCGAUUUCCAGUAUUGAAGCCUUGUUCUUAGGGGACAACAGGUUUUCGAGUUCGAUACCAGAAUCUUUACUGAACUUAACGAAUUUGGAGUUCUUGGAUGUGAGCAAACACAGUUUUGGUGGGGAGAUUCAAAAGAUUUUUGGGAGAUUCAAACAGGUGAAGUUUCUGUUGUUACAUGGAAAUGCAUACACAGGAGGGAUCGAUACGUCCGGUAUUCUCAAGCUACAGAACAUUUCUCGAUUAGACCUGAGUAAUAAUCGAUUCUCUGGUUCAUUGCCUGUUGAAAUUUGUCAAAUGCCAAGCUUGAAUUUCUUGAUGCUGUCCAACAAUCAGUUUACAGGUAGUAUACCACCUGAAUAUGGAAACUUCUCACAGUUACAAACUCUAGACCUGUCCUUCAACCGGCUUUCGGGAUCGAUCCCACCCGAGCUCGGGAAACUGAACUCUCUGUUAUGGUUGAUGCUUGCAAACAACUCUCUUAGUGGCGAAAUUCCUUCAGAGAUUGGGAACUGCACUAGCUUGUUAUGGCUAAAUCUUGCUAACAAUCAACUAUCUGGAAGAAUCCCUCCUGAGUUGGCUAAGAUUGGAAGAAGCGCUACCCGAACAUUUGAGUUGAAUCGGUUGCGCAACGACACGAUCAUUGCUGGUUCGGGAGAGUGCUCGGCAAUGAUGAGGUGGAUACCAGCAGACUAUCCACCUUUCAGUUUUGUGUAUACAAUUCUCACUAGGAAGAGUUGUAGGAGCAUAUGGGACAGGUUGCUUAAAGGCUACGGUCUUUUCCCAGUUUGCACUGCAGGUUCAACGGUUAGGACACUUCAAAUCUCGGGAUAUCUUCAACUUAGCGGUAACCAGUUUUCGGGUUCGAUCCCUUCGGAUAUCGGUACAAUGCAGAAUUUCAGUAUGCUGCACUUGGGUUUCAAUGACUUCAGUGGUGAACUGCCUGCACAGAUUGGUCAGUUGCCACUUGUUGUCCUGAAUAUAACCCGAAACCAGUUUUCGGGACUAAUUCCAGCAGAGAUUGGCAAUAUCAAAUGCUUGCAGAAUCUAGAUUUGUCAUACAAUAACUUUUCUGGCAUAUUUCCAACAAGUUUCAGCAACCUGACCGAUCUCACCAAGUUCAACAUUUCGUACAAUCGGUACAUUUCUGGGGUUGUUCCAACAACCGCACAAUUCGGAACGUUCGAGAAAGACUCGUACCUUGGAAAUCCGCUACUGGAUGUUCCAGAUUUCAUGGAUAAUAAAACAGAUCAUUUACCCAACCAUAAUGGUACACGAAAAAGAUCAGCCAGAUUUGCUGUGCUUAUAGUGGCAGUAGCUCUCACACUAACUGCUCUCGCUUUUGUGGUUCUAUCGGUUUUGGUUUGCAGACAGGUGAAUUCCCGAUCCGAACCCCAGAGAUAUCUCUUACAAGAUACGAAGUAUCGACCUGAUCUAGCAUCUAGCUCUAGUGGAUCAUCGGAUACUAUCAAGGUCAUCCGUUUGGACAAAACAGCUUUUACACAUGCUGAUAUUUUGAGGGCCACAAGUAACUUUUCGGACGAUAGGAUUCUCGGAAAAGGAGGGUUCGGGACAGUGUACCGAGGUGUAUUGCCGGAUGGAAGAGAAGUAGCAGUAAAAAAGCUACAAAGAGAAGGAAUUGAAGGUGAAAAGGAGUUCAGGGCUGAAAUGGAAGUUCUCAGUGGCAAUGGCUUUGGUUGGCCACAUCCUAACCUUGUAACGCUCUAUGGUUGGUGCCUUCAUGGAUUAGAGAAAAUAUUGGUGUAUGAAUACAUGGGAGGUGGGAGUUUGGAAGAUAUUAUAUCGGACCGAAUCCGAUUAACAUGGUGGAAACGGAUCGAUAUCGCGGUUGAUAUUGCACGAGCAUUAGUGUUCUUACAUCAUGAAUGCUACCCCGCCAUUGUUCACCGAGAUGUUAAGGCUAGCAAUGUCCUGUUAGAUAAAGAUGGUAGGGCUAGAGUCACGGAUUUCGGUCUUGCGAGAAUUGUCGAUAUUGGCGAUAGCCAUGUCAGCACAAUGGUGGCGGGAACUGUCGGUUAUGUAGCACCGGAAUACGGGCAGACAUGGCAAGCUACGACAAAAGGUGAUGUGUACAGCUAUGGAGUAUUAGCAAUGGAACUUGCAACCGGUCGACGAGCUGUGGACGGAGGUGAAGAAUGCCUGGUGGAAUGGGGCAAACGUAUUAUGGGAAAGGGACGAAAUGUAUCAAGUCGAGCUGUGAUACCGGUUAUGCUUUUGGGAUCAGGACUGUCGGUUGGUGCCGAGGAGAUGUUUGAGCUGCUUCGGAUCGGGGUCCGAUGCACGGCCGAAGCUCCACAAGAUAGACCGAACAUGAAAGAGGUGUUGGGUAUGUUAAUUAGAAUCACAAGCAACCGAGCAGAUUUCAACUAUGGCAUCUCAUGAUAAUUGUCGUAGGAUGUCAAAUAAUAACUCAUAAAUAUAUACAAAUAAUUAAAAUACACAAGAAAUUGUAUUCUUAUUGUUGUAAUUCUUCUUGUAAACAAAACUUUCCUAUUCAUUAUGUUGAAAGAAUUUAAUCAAUUUUUUU